AAUGAAUAAUAAUAUCAAAUUUUGUUAAAUAGUUAAAGAUUAGUAAUUAUAAUUUAAUAAUAAUCCAAUUUAAGAGUAAGAUUAAUGGUUUAUUACUUAUGGAGAAUGUGCAGUAUAAUUAAUUUAAUUAUAAUAGUCUGGAAAAACAACUGCUAUGUUCAGGGAAGAUGGAGUUAUUGAAUAAAUUGGUUAAAUGUACAUAAAUAAUAAUAAACAAUAAAAUGUUUCAAUUAGUAUGAUUGAAAUAAGAAAGAAUAAAUUAAUUGAUAUGUUAACUUAAUAGGAAGUUAAAUUAAUAUAAUCAAAUGAGAGUUUUAAUUGUAUGAAUUUAAAAAAGAUCUCUAUAUAGAAUAUGGAUCAAUACUUAUAAAUUAUUUAAUCAGGUUAUGAGAAUAGAACUUAAUAAAAUGGUCUUAUGAGUAAUAUUUCUACAAUAUAUCCUUUGAUAAUUAAAUUAGAUUUUGGAAAUUUUGCAAUUCAAUUUGUUGAUUUAGUAGGUUCUUAAAAAUCUAAAUAUUGUUCACCUAAUAUGUUAAAUGAAAGUAAAAAUAAUUAUUAAAAUAAUAGUAAUAUUUAAUAAUACAGGAUUAAGUCAAAUUGAAUGUAUUUUGAAUACAAAAGAUGAAACUUAGAGAUUAUUAUUAUGCAAUACACAUUUAAUAACAAAAGUGUUAAAAAAUGCAUUUCGUAAUAGUUCAUUGACUAAUUUGAUUGUAUGUGUAUCUGCUGCUAAUAUUUAUGAAAAGGACACAUUGAGAAUUUUGAAACAAAUUUAAGGAUUAUGA